CGCCACCUCUCAUGUUAUUAUAUAUAGCGCCAUUUCUGCAGGGUUAAUAUUUUGACAUGAGAUCAAAAUGCAGUUUAAAUGCACCUUAAGAAUAGUCAUUAAGUGUUGAAGAAACCAUUUUUUUUGUACCUAUUUUGUUUUCACCUUUUUUAUACGUUAUGCAAAACAAAUCAGAAACCUUGGAUGCCAGUUUACAGGUUUUUAAACUAGUUCGCAUCAGCUUAGAUUGAUUUAUGAUUAAUGAUUUAAUCAAGAAGGUUAAUCAGAGCAUCACCGUCCAGUUUCUUCUAAAACUACUAGAAGUUAUAUAAGGAAAGUAAAUGGUGUCUUUAGCACAAAGUUUGGCCGCAAGGAUCAGGAAACUACUACAAUACAAACAAAUUUCACUUUCAUCAAAAGAAAUGCAACCAAGUAAAUUUGUUCCUAUAUAACAGUCGCGAUUUACUGUCAGUGAAAUCAGGUGCUACCGUGCAAUAAUAUACCGCAGCUUCACUUUUACUUCUACUGUACUGUGUCUCGUGAAUCACAAUCCAGUUCAGUAGGUACUUUGAUUAGUGACACUGGAGCACUUUGUGGAAAAUGGAUUCGGACCAGUUCAGGGAGUUUGGAAAAGCGAUGGUCGAUUAUAUUGCAGAUUAUCUGGAUAAUAUUCGUAACAGGAAAGUUCUGCCGUCCGUCAAUCCGGGAUACUUACAACCGACCAUUCCGCAAGAAGCUCCUCAAACCGGCGAGAACUGGAAGAGUAUCAUGGAGGAUAUCGAAAGGGUGAUUAUGCCGGGGGUGACGCACUGGCAUUCGCCUAAUUUUCACGCGUACUGUCCUACAGCGAACUCGUACCCGGGUAUAGUGGGCGAAAUGUUGAGCGCCGGAAUUGGAUGCGUCGGAUUUAGUUGGAUGUCAAGUCCGGCGUGCACCGAAUUAGAGGUCGCAAUGAUGAAUUGGCUUGGUAAACUGAUCGGUUUACCGGAAGAGUUUCUGAACUGCUCGAAUGGAUCUGGGGGUGGAAUUAUUCAAGGUUCAGCAAGCGAAUCUACCUUCAUAGCGCUAUUAACCGCAAAGGAAAGGAUGGUGCGAAACAUUAAGAACGUACAUCCCCAACUCGACGAAGGCCUAAUAAAAGCGAAACUCGUAGCUUACACUUCGGACCAGGCGAAUUCGUCGGUGGAAAAGGCCGGGAUGUUGGGUUCUAUGCCGAUGCGACUGUUACCAACGGACCAAAACGGCUGUCUACGCAAGGAAACUUUGGAGGAGGCGAUCAGUAACGACAAAAAUGCGGGGUUAAUUCCGUGUUACGUGGUUGCCACGUUGGGCACGACGGGUACGUGUGCGUUUGAUAACUUGGAGGAGUUGGGUCCUGUGUGUAGAAGAGAGAAGUUAUGGCUGCACAUUGAUGCGGCGUACGCCGGUUCAGCGUUCGUCUGUCCCGAAUAUCGCUACCUAAUGCGAGGAGUGGAAUAUGCGGAUUCCUUCGACUUCAAUCCGCACAAAUGGAUGAUGGUCAAUUCCGACUGUUCGGCAAUGUGGGUGAGAAACUCGAGGCACAUAGUGGAGGCUUUUAAUGUUGACCGAAUUUACUUGCAUCACGAACACGAAGGAGUGGCUCCCGAUUAUCGUCACUGGCAGAUUUCGUUGGGGAGGCGAUUUCGCGCGUUAAAGCUGUGGUUCGUUUUGCGCAGUUACGGCGUUGAAGGCAUUCAAAAGCAUAUACGCUCACAAAUUGAGCUUGCCCGUUACUUUGAAAAGCUGGUGAAAGAUGAUUCGCGAUUUGAGUUCGCCUGCAGCUCCAUGGGACUAGUCUGCUUUAGAAUGAAAGCGGGGGAUCGACUUACACAGACUCUCGUGGAUAAGUUGACGCAACGCAAGAACAUUUACGUAAUUCCUUGCUACUUUCAAGGAAAUUACGUUGUCAGAUUCGUAGUGUGCAGCAGGUUGACCGAAAUCAGAGAUAUUGACUAUGGGUGGAGUGAAAUUUGUGAGGUUGCUUCUGAAAUUUUGAAUGGAUACAUCCCGGGUAAACCAAAUGGUGAACUUGUAUCGUUAGUUACAGUGUCUAAUAUGAGUAAAAGAAGAGAAAAUUGUAUAGAACAUUGAAAUCACAUGGCGUUCUAGUGCGUUGUUAACAUAUUUUAGUUAUUAUUAUUAGUUUACUACGUUUACAAAAAACCCUUAUCCCCCGUCUAUGUGAUAAGAACUUAUGCGAAUGCAUUUGGUAUGGGCGCCAGUUAAUUAAUAAGGGGGUUUUUACCUUUUUUUAAAUGAUCUUGUAAAAGAAAUAUUACUAUAAGUGCACCAAGCGAUGCAAAAGGUAUACAAGUAGAUUUCAUAGUAUCAUUUUGUAUGAAAUUAGCUGGUAGAACCUUCUAACGAAGGUUUGAGAGAUUGUCAACAGUACAGAGGAGUUCGCCGCCUUGGUGAUGGAAAAUGCACAACUUAAGUUAUUAAGAUAACGUAAUGGGGCUAUUGCAUCCUUGCAGACCUUUUGAGGUUUGGCCAAAAAUGCACGUUUAUCUGACCGGCAACUGUCCAAACAAUAAAACGUACUUCUUUUAGUCUACCUUUCUAGGACAAUUGCAAUUGUAUA